CAGAUGGGAAGGGAUGUGCUGUCAGAGACAAGAUAUGUCGAGCUGGUGCUUGUGACAGAUCAGAACCUGUAUCAGAAUAUGGACAGUAAUCGAGGAGCUGUAGUGCGAAGAAUGAUUGACAUUGCCAACACAGUCGACCUGUAUUACAGACAAUUCAACUUUCGCAUUGCUCUGAUUGGAGUGGAGGUGUGGACCACAAACCAAAUUUCAAUUGACAAGAAAGCUACAUCAACUAUGGCCAGGUUCUUGAAGUGGAGGACGAACACACUUCUCCCGCGACUCCAGAAUGACAACGCCCAUCUCCUCGUAGGUGACGGUUUUGAGUAUGGCGUUACAGGUUUGGCACCGUUAAGCGUGAUGUGUUCAUCGGAUUAUUCUGGAGGAGUAAAUAUUGACGUCAGGCCCAGCCAUUUGGCUGUUUCUUCCACUCUUGCACAUGAGAUGGGACACAAUCUAGGAAUGACACAUGACACUCCAGCACAGAAGUGUUCCUGUAAAGACAAUAUCAUCGGUGGCUGCAUCAUGGAUAGGGCACUAAGGGAUGUCAAAUGUGGGAAAAUUCAGUGUAAGGGUGGAGAAGAUAUUCCACCUCUGCUGGAUAAUACACAUGUGAAAACAGUAGAAGUUACUGUGAUGGGUACAACUUAUCAUUGCAAAGCAGCCCAUGUUUCCAUGCCAGAUUUCCGAAUUUCGGAGCGUCUUCGAGUCGGAGUCAAGUGUGCCAGAGGCAAGAUUCUGUACCUCGGUACUUGUACCUAA